AUGAACCCUCCAACGCCUGGAGGAGCUUGUGGGUACAAAUCAGAUAUUGACAGGGUGAGCUUCUCUGAUCAGAUCACAACUGAUAGUAGUGAGGAGUUGGAAGGCGUGUUAUUAUUGAGGACUCAUUAUUCACUGGCGGGGAUUGUUACAGACCCUUCCAAUCCUUUUCAGUUACCCAGCAACUCAGAAGUGCUAAACACUGCAGGCGAUCCUGGACGUGAUCAGCAAACAAACACCAAUGAAAUGGACACACUGAAGUCCCUAAGAUCACAGGUAGAACACCUGAGAUCUAGGCUGAGGAGCCGAGAAGAUGAAUUCAACCAGAGGCUUCAGCGUAAUGAGGAUUUAAUACUGAAGCUCCGCAGCACCGUCAAACACCGCGGACAUCACAUCCAUUUCCUCGAGGAUAAUAUCAAUUCCAUGAAGGCAGCAUUAGCUAAUCGCAAUAACAAGAUCGCAUCUCAAAAGCUCUGUAUUAGGGAGUUGGAGCAGAAGGUAGAAUCCUUUGCCCAAGAUUUCGGUAUUAUGCAAGAAAGCUAUCAAAAACUACAAGAUGAUCUUCGCGUUGCUCAAGAAGGUGCCCUUCGCUCAAUCAAGAGAGCUUCGUGGGUCCCUAGUGAGGAUGGGGCGGUCCGCAAUGAAUUCUCCAAACUCGAAGAAAAUCUCAAAUCAUGGGCAAAAUAUUAUGCAGUUCCAGAUAUAAACUAUCUGGAGGCUCUUUCGAACGAGGAGAAAGUGGAAAUAACAGACUUUCUUAAGGAACAUAUCUCCCGGCCAAAUUUCGAUGCUUUGCUGGGAACAUUGUCGCCACUUUUGAAGAAGCGAUUCCCUCUUCUCAUCACCCAUGCCAUGCUUGCUACGUAUAUCUUCAAGAUAGUCUUCCACAACCCCUUCUUUGCACUCGAAUAUCUCAAUACAAGCUCAAACGCUGUUCCUAAAGCCGCAAUGUUUGAACUAUACAAUGCUAUGAUAAAGGUGCUUCCGUCUGAGGCGCACAUAUGGCGCUCUCAGAUGUUGCGUCUUUUGUUAACGACUCCUGCUAGUCCGUCUGAAUUGCCAUUGCUGACGCCGCAAGCACUCCAGAUGUUCAGUUCCACGAUGGCUGAAAAAUUCCUCAGGGGACCCGUACGUUUGCUUUUAAAGAUAGACCAAUCUUCAGCACAGCAAGGUAAUUGCAUGCUCCAGGAUCUGUGCCACGUGUUCAGCGCUGCCGCAGAGUUAUCUUUGUCGUUAUGGUGUCAGCGAACCACCAUGGGCUGCCGCCUUAUCACGCUAAGUAAACCGAAGCAAUUUUCCCAAAAAUGCCAGUUGAUGGUUGCUCACCGUCUUCAUCACCUCGAUGAAGACGAUAGCAGAUUGGAUGGCAAAGAAGUAUUGGCUAUCAUUCAGCCUGCAGUUGUUGCCUUUGGAAACGAGAACGCAGAAAAUUAUGACAAGGGGAAGGUUUGGUCGCGGGCAAUUGUUCUUGUCGAUGAGGGAAACUAA